AUGUGUGUGUGUGGAGGGGGGUGUGCGUGGGCGUGCCCGGGCGGCGUGAGGGAUGUUCGGCGGCGGCGGCGGCGGCCGCCCGGGCUCGCCAUGGUGUGAGGCGCGGUCUGAGGCGCCGCGAUGAACGCAGCCGUCCCGUCGGUUUUUGACCCUAAGGGACAGGUGUUGAAGUUGGGCGAGACCUUCGAGAAGCAGCCGCGCUGCGCUUUCCACACAGUCCGUUAUGACUUUAAGCCGGCAUCUAUUGAUAUGUCCUGUGAAGGAGACCUUGAAGUUGGCAAAGGUGAACAGGUGACAAUAACACUGCCGAAUAUUGAGGGCUCAACUCCACCAGUGACUGUGUUCAAGGGUUCAAAGAAGCCAUACCUGAAAGAAUGUAUUUUAAUUUUCAACCAUGACACUGGAGAAUGUCGGCUAGAGAAACUUAGUAGCAACAUCACUGUGAAGAAAACCAGAGCUGAAGGAAGCAGUAAAGUCCAGUCUCGCAUAGAGCAGCAACAGCAGCAAAUGCGAAAUGCAACUAAGGUUCCAAACAAUAUUAAAAAUUCUCCACCAAAAGAAAAGAUGUUUCCAUCUUCUCCUAUGGAUGAUAUUGAACGAGAGCUAAAAGCAGAAGCCAGUAUCAUGGACCAGCUGAGUAGCUCUGACAGUUCAUCUGACUCUAAAAGUUCUUCAUCCUCUUCAAGUAGUGAAAAUAGCUCUAGUGAUUCUGAAGACGAGGAAACGAAGCCCUCUCUUCCUAUGUCAAUGCCAUAUUUGCAGCCACAGCCUACUGUGUCUGCCAUACCACAACAGGCUGUCCCUGACAAAGAUGCCAGUCAUAACAGAUCCCAAGAGAACAGUGGUCAUAUGAUGAAUACACUACGUCUGGCUCAAAGCUCCUACUCCCAGCUAUGAUAUCAAGCCUUCCCCGACAGAACUGCUGCAGCCCGAGAGCACCAGGCUGGCACCGGAGGUGUUUGGCAAUCACUCAGCGGCGAUUUAAAGAUUUAAAGGUAGUGACGGCUGAGGAAAGCGCCAGGAGAACGCAUUACUGCUCUGCAGCCCGGCUCUGAGGAAAGAUAAACACGCUCCUGGCCGCAGGUCCAGGCCUGGGCGGUCACAGGCAGCCUCACCGCUGGCUCCCUGCGCUGCUCUGCCUGCUGACGGAAAACGGGCUCUGUAGGCACUGAGCGCCCUGCUCUCCGUAGCCAUGCUUUAAUCUUGCCCGCUGGAAGCUGCCAUAACGAAAACUCGUGUCUGCCCUCCCAGGGCUGACCCGCUACUUUCCUGUCUCCCCCCGCCCUGUGCCCCCGGGGACUGGCAGCUCUGCCCAGGCCAGGCCGGGAUGGAGGCGGCCGCCCCAGAGAGGGGUGGGCGGUGGGGUGAAGCCCUCCCCGGGGCUCUCCAGCUCUCGCUGGGGCUCUGGAGGCGGACAAGGAGCAGCGGGAAAGGGCCGAAACAAUCCCGCAGUGCUAGCAGCAUCGGCGGAUUCACGCCCCGCACACCAUGACCGACAGUCAAAGCCGCCGGGUCGACAACCCCCAUUCCCCUGGGGGCAUGGCAAGGUGCUGGUGUAUUUAAUGGCUGUCCGGGGGACAGGGUGGGUUUCUCUGUCGUGUUUUAUCUCUGCGCCCGCAGGUGCCGAUCCCCCACAGCCUGCACGGCGGGCGGCAAUGGUUGAGGGGCCGGCGCCAUCUUCUGGGCUGCGGCGCACGGGCUGGGGGAGCAGUGAGGAUGGGGAGCGAAGGGGCGGUUGUACAGGCCUGGAGGGGAGCCGGACCCUGGGGGGUGUGCUGGGGGCACAGGGAACGCCGGUGAGGAGCUGUCGGGGCUCUCUCGCCUCUUCCGCCGCCACCGCCGUGAGGAGAAGCCCGGAGCGAUCCCAGAGCCUCGGCAGUGGGAUGGAACACCUGCACCCCGCCUGGGAGGGAAAGUGCAAAGUGCAGUUGGUGGCAUGGGUAGAGUCCAGGUGAAAACGCGACUCCGGAGCAGCUGGAGCAACAAGGUUAUCUCAGCAGUAAGGCAGACAGCCAAAAAAGCACUCAGUAUGCUGUGGUUUGGAUUUGUUCUCCCCUCCCUUUUCUUGCUUGUUAACCUUAUAAUCCUUUAUCAACCUGUGUUUCUUAAACAUCUGAGUUGAGGGGCAGAGAAACCAGUGUGGUACCAAUUUCUCACCAGCCACUGCUGGCUGCAGAUUGCCGAGUGUGUGUGUGGCAAGGCUUCACGCUGUGCACCAUGUGCCAUAUGGUCCCCCUGUCCUUGGGACUUCUCAGCCUUGCUGCAUCCAGCAGGAUGCUAAUUAUACAAAAGCAAGAAAGAAAAUGUACAAAUCUUAUUUGCAUCAAGAAGCCAAAGGAACGGUGCUUUGCCUGGAUGAAGGUGGUGGAUAUGUGCUGUGCUGCACUGUCUGUGCUACGUAUUUCCAGGCAGUGUUUGGCUUGCAACAGGCAGUUGGAACUGGUGGGAUGGUGGACCUGUGCCUGUCUAUGCAGGCAUGUCCAUGGAGUCUGGGGAGAUGUGAAAUAUAGGUCUUCUUACUUGCACUGAUUUGCCUCCUAAAUUUGGUGUCCCUCCAAGGAGGAGGGCAUAAUGUUCAGUCAUUGCUAAACAUUGACUGAACCUGGGAGUCUGGGGAACAGAACUUAACAAUGAUGCCGAGACUUCCCAGAGCUGUACCUUGUUCCUUCAGUUCAUGCAGGGUCAGCCUUAAGAGCUUUAUAUGUUGUUUUUUUUUUUUUUUAAUCAUAGGAUCAAAAAGGAAUCUCAUCUGCACAUCCUUGCCCUGAUCGCUGCCACUCUGCAUGGAGGGAGUCAGUUGUCAUUGAGCGAGGCAAUUAAGAAAGUCUCAGUAGUAACCAGUGAGAAAUGGGAGGUUUGCAGAAAUGAAUUGUGGUUUCUUGGCUAACAUUAAGGAAGAUACAUUAGAUAAGCCGCUGGUCUGCUGCUGUAGGAAUUCAAAGUGAAUGCCCUGGAGUCAUUGCCCCUCUCUGCAUGUGAAAGGGACUAACACUUCCCAUCCCAUCCUUCAACUGUCUUCACAUACUGCAAGCCCUUUGCUCCAAAGCCUGUCUCUCACUACAUGUGGGGAUGACAUCUCACACAAUGUAAUGGUUGUCUGUCUGGUGCUUUUAGGCAAGACCCUGAUGUUUCUUCGAGUAACCCCUGUGGUGGUGCUUCUGUUCCAAAUCAGGAAACUGUAGAAAUAAAUCUCUUCCUCUCAAGGAUAUUUUGUGGUUCAAGCAGAGAGUUGCAGCAUAAGAGCUCUCUUUUGCCUUGCUAUUGGCUCAGUGUGACUGUGGGGAAAACAUUUCCUCUUUCGGGAGGAACUUCAUGUCUCUGAAAAUCUCAGUAGCCUGUAUCUGACAUGAAAAAGUGGCCGGGUGUGGAAUUGCUUGCAUAGCGAUAAAGUAAAGGAGUGUUUUGUUCUUG